AAUUCGGUCAAGCCCCACAAAGGGGCCUACCUCAAGCCAUUUCGCCAUCUUCUGUGACAACGCAAACAUUCCAGACUAAAUACGGAGAAGAUUUCGAUUACGGCCGCCCACCUCAUUCGGGAUCAAUCCCCCUAGCCUUGCUCCAUGAAGUUUUUGGCGAAUUCAUAGAGGAUGUGCAGAGCUGUACCCCUAAUGCUCGAGACAACCAGCAUAUGCUCAAACUUUGUGAAAAGAUGAUCCAAAUUCACGAAUCUGAAGCCACUCGCGCGCUCAGUUUCAGAGAGAUUUGGGAGGAGUUUAUACCGUAUCCACUGGAAGCAGGCAUCAUUGGGGGUUCUUCAUUUGCCACUGAUGGUCAUAUUCGAAGGAAUCGGUAUUUCUUAGUGAUCACUGAGGCGAAGAGAGAACUAGAAGGGAUGAAACCGGACCCAUUGAUCCAAGCUGCAAUGUAUUACCUCCAAGCGCUCCAACCCUUCAAAAAUUCCAAUGGUCUGUUUCCUUGCUUGCUUAUUUAUUAUGCCGGUAUGCUAUCCGAGUCAAUCAAAGAAGACCCAAAGAUAACAGUAAUUCUAGGCUCUUAUAUCGGUUUUGCCGGCGCUGUCUGGAAUGAAAAGAUUCAGAUCGAGGUGCUUACGCCAUUUUACCCGUUGCAAGGAAACCCCCAUCAACGGAAUAUUCGCUUGCAAGUAGCUAGGGCGCUUGCUGCUACCAGGCGGGCGGUCACCUCACUAGAAACUCAUUACAAUAACCUGGUUAUUCCACCCAGCGUGGAAGAGAAUAUCAUCAAACCGGUGUCAUUUCCAUAUAGAACCUAUUACGAAAGUCAAGGAGAGGUUUCACAACGGCAACGGAUCAAGUUUACUUAUCAAAAACGUAUCUUCGACAAUAGGCUGAUGUUUAUCGCGAAGAAUACAGCAGGGCGGUUGUUGUUCGUAAAAUUUACACAACGAUACUCCGCUACCGCUCACAAACACUGCGCUGAACAAGGCAUUGCUCCGACAUUAUAUGCAGCGGAGAAGCUGCCUGGUGUAUAUAGAGACACUGAAACCAGGACCCAACUGCAUACCAAGAUAAAACGAGCCACCGAGAUAUUGCACAGUGGAGGAUUUGUCCAUGGUGAUCUUCGCGGUGCCAAUGUGAUGGUUCGGAAGAAUUGGAAGGAGAAUACAGCCGAGCAAGAUUUGGGGGUGAUGCUAUUGGAUUUCGAUUGGGCAGGCGAGGCGGGAAAAGUUCGGUACCCUGCCAAUCUGAACUGUCAGCUUUACCGACCUGAGGGGGUGGAGGAUGGUGUGGUGAUUACGGUGGACCAUGAUGUGGAUAUGGUUGACCAUAUCUUGGACUGA